UCUUCAAAACCUUGAAUAUACCUAGCAAAGUCCGCUAGGGUUUCAAAACCAAAGGAACAGAGAAACAGCGGCAGCAACAGCGCCAGCCAUGGUUCUCAAGACGGAGCUUUGCCGAUUUAGUGGUGCCAAGAUUUACCCUGGGAAAGGCAUCAGAUUCGUUCGUUCUGAUUCUCAGGUCUUUCUCUUUUCCAAUUCAAAAUGCAAGAGGUACUUCCACAACCGUCUGAAACCAUCGAAACUUACAUGGACAGCCAUGUAUAGGAAACAACAUAAGAAGGACAUUGCCCAAGAGGCUAUUAAGAAGAGGAGACGGACCACCAAGAAGCCUUACUCCCGAUCCAUUGUUGGUGCCACUUUAGAGGUUAUCCAGAAGAAGAGGAGUGAGAAACCCGAAGUUCGUGAUGCUGCUAGGGAAGCUGCUCUCCGAGAAAUCAAGGAAAGAAUCAAGAAAUCUAAGGAUGAGAAGAAGGCGAAGAAAGCUGAAGUAUCUGCAAAGCAACAGAAGACACAGGGCAAGGGUAGCAUUCCGAAGGGUGGGGCACCAAAAGGUCCCAAGCUCGGUGGUGGUGGUGGAAAGCGUUGAGUUUGCUAAUUCAUUAUCUGCCUUUCUCUGGC